GCACUUCUUAUGCAGGAGAGGCCUAAUUCUUCCAUUCUUCGUACUUCUAUCUCCAAUACAACCCAGAUAAUACAAUGAGACUCUACUGAAUUGGUAACAGUCAUGUUAAUAGCUAGCUAUAGAUCCUGCCAGCUCAGUGCAGGGUACAAUAGAGUUACCCCAAGUUUCCCCCCAGGAGGAUGUAUCCAACCUAACCUUUACACAAAUUCGCUCUGUGUUCUUCAUUUCUUAGGCUUUAGAAUAGACUGCCAUCAUGAGUAAUGGAGGUUGGGUGGGCACAUGGAGGCCCCAUCGUCCACGAGGACCAGUCAUGGCCCAGUAUUCCAGCCCUGGGCCCAAGUACAACAUACCGGGAGCAACAGGUUAUAUCUCGCACAUCCCUACCAAAAGGAAAGCCCCUGCCUACAGUAUGUAUGGCGCAAAGCCCCCAUCCAGCAAAGACAGAGUUCCGGGUCCUUAUGAUGUGCAGGGCUAUAUGACAAACAGAGGAAGGCAAUCGGCUCCGUCUUAUACAAUGGGUGGUCGAUUCAGAGUGAAAAAGGAGGUUACCCCAGGUCCUGCCUCUUACUCACCAGAGAAGUCACGGAAAAUAAUUUAUCAAAAUGCUCCUGCACAUUCUAUGUCAUUCAGGACUCGUGGUUACAAGGUAGACGCCACACCAGGUCCCAGCGCUUACACGAUGCCUGAGGUCCUUGGACCGCACACAGUGGCCACCUCCGCCGGCCCUUCUUACUCCAUGACAGGGAGGAGUAAGCUAGGGCGUUUUGAUGAAGACUUGCAUAAGACCCCUGGUCCUGCUGCAUAUCAUAAGCCUGAUACAGAUAUCUACAAAAAGAGAGCGCCCAAGUAUUCUAUGGGCAGUCGAAGCAAGGGUCUAAGAGCUGGGAAAACACCUGGGCCUGCAGACUACAGUGUAGGAAAGGUAUCAUUGCUCAAAUCUUGUGCUCCAGUUGUCACUUUUGGAAUCAGACACUCCGACUACACAACACCUCUGAUUGUGGACGUCUGCUGAAUUCAUCCCUUGUACAGAAAAUGAUUUUUCUACUGAUAUUUCUAUAUCAUGUUCCUCCACAUUUUAACAGUUAACCACCAGCUGUUUAACUGCAUUUUUUUACAAAUACCAGAGCUAAAGGACCAUUUAAAAUAUUCAGAAACUGAUUACCAUUCAAGACUGAAGUUCUGUCCUCUGAUGAAGGGAUAUGCCAUAAGCCCCUCUUGUGAGGAAGACAAAGCGCAGCUCACACUUGCCCUACUCUUUGAGCACAUGGAAUACAUAUCUAAAUGCAUGUCGGCAUUCUGACAACUAGUAUACAAUUAACGGUGUCAUUCUUCAUAAAGUAGGAUCCAAUAUAUAUUAAAUAUAUAUAUGUAUUUGUGUAAAAAAGCUACUUGUGUUCCUGAUCCAGAAUUAUUUCAUGGAACUUGUUUGUUGCAAUAACUCACAUAAAAAGUAUUUUGUAUAUUCCAUAUCUUCAGCUGAGAAACGUGUUUUGAAAUAAAUAAAUAAAUCAGGAAUAAAAUGUUUAUUUCAUGUCCUAGCUAUAAAAUAAAACAUCAGUUCUUUUGUAGAGGGUUCACUACUCGAAAACUGUAGGAAUAUUCUGAACUUGAAAAGUAGAAUGUUAAGCUUUUUCAUAGAGAACUGGCAGUAAUAGUGAUAACAAUACUGCCUUGCAGCUCAGUCAGGAUUCUCACCCAUUAAUACUGGUACAGCAGCUGAAAUAAUUGAUGCUGUGAAUGGUUGCAUCCCCUCCUGCACAAAGGUGUUGAGGGGGAACCAGGAUCUCGCCAGUUCCCCCUCC